AUGUCGGACGAGAUACUGAGCUACGAGGAGCAACACGGCUAUUUGGGUGGUGAGGAGUACCAGGCACAAGGCGGUGGGGAACAGGUGUACGCCGAAGGCAAUCUUCAAGGAGAAGAAGAAUACCAAGUAGAAGGGGAUGAGGGUCAGCACCAAGAUGGACACGUCUUCAUUGGUGGAGAAGGAGAGGUGGAGCAGGAGGAGCAAGUACUAGAAGAGUAUGUUGUAGUGGACGAGCAUCAUCAAGGAGAGGUCGAAGAAAUGGCUUACGCGCAAGCAGAGGAGGUAGUUAAUGGUGCAGAAGGGUAUCAAGUUCAAGAAGGAGAGCAGUUGUACCACGAAGAGGAGCUAGGAGUAGGUGGAGAGGAACAUCAACUUCAAGGACGAGAUGAGCUAGGAGAGCACCAGGAGCAUCAAGAUCAACAUCAUGGAGAAGAAGAGGAAGUAGAUGAUGCUGUUGCUGGUGCAGCCGAGGUGGAACAGCAGCACGAGGAAGUUCUUGAUCAGAAUGUUGUUGUCCAUCAUGCAGUGGGUGAGCCCUCAAACUUGGAGUACAACGUAGAGGAGGAAGAUGACUACAACGAUGAAGAGGACCUUCCUAGUGACUUGGAGGAGAGCGAAGGCAUGCGCGAAGAGGAGGACUUUGACGAUGAUGGGGCUGCGAAUCUAGGAGGACAAGCUAAUAUUAAGGGUAGGUUAAAGGUGCUUUUCUUACCGCUUUUUAUGCCUCUCUUCCUUAGGAUGAGAAAGGCAUAAAAAGCGGGGUAAGCAAGCACCAAAAACCUACCUCUAAUAAUAGUUUGGACGACGAAACUAUGGGUGCAGGAGGUGCAGCUGAAGAUGGUGGUGCACAAGAUAGUGCCGAAGGCGAUAGUGGUAGCGCUGAUGGAGGUACUGGAGACGAUAACGAUGACGGCGCUAAUGACGAAAAACAUCAAGCUGGUGGUAGUACAGGAUCCUCUUCGUUAGGUGAGAAGAGAAGUAGGGGGAACGGUCGUAAGCGCAAGCGAAGGAACAAACUACUUAACAGUAUGCUCAAUGGCGAUCAUCUCGAUUCAUCAGGAGCUUUGAGCAGUCCCAAUCUGAACAAGACCGGAGAAAACAAGGAUGAGAAUAACAAGGACAAAAACGGAGGACCCGCUUCCAACACAGGUGGAUCUACAGGUCUCAAAAUUCGCACUCGCGCAGAAGUGGAACGAGCAUUGCUGGAAAUCAGUCCUGAAGUGACUCGGCGUGUGCGCGCAAGAUUGGCAGAAAUCGUAACGGAUUCUGGCGAUGAUCAACAACUUGUACUCCAUCCGGAUCGAGUUCUUCACGACAAGGAAAUCUUGGACGUCUUUCCAACUUUUGCAACAGCAGACAACGCAAGGGAAAGAGCGAUGCUAGUGUACUUUCACUUUCAUAUAUUUUGGUCUUGGUGCCUUUCACCAACCUCUUGCCAGGCAUAUCAAUCAAUCAUCAACUCAUAUUAUAAUUUGGUGCUUAGUUCUUGUUCUUGUUCUACUUCUGAUUUAUGAGAUUUUGACUUGUCGUACUGUUGAGUGCUGUCAUUCUGUGGAAUAUAAUGCUCAUCAUCGUAAGCACAACGCUAAAUAGUUUUCACAUUAACUACAUUCAACAACUAACAUAACAGCCAACUGAUCCGCGAGUGGAACAGGGAGAAGCUAAGAGAGGUUUACCCCAAAAUGACCGAUACUGAACCUCUGGGCAAGAAGCUAAGACAUGACGACAAAGUUCAAAUCUUCCGCGACGCGAUUUUGAAAGCCAUUGCGCACAGAACAGCAGUGCAGAUCAAGUUUCUAGAGCACUGGCAAGGAGAGCGAUUCAAGGAUGUGCUGGAUCCGUGGAUCGUGAAAUGUACUCACUUACUUACUUCUUCAUUGGGGCGUUGCUUUGGAAUGUGAUGGAUGUGAUUUUUGAAUGCAACUGGGCUUGGACUAUUGGACAUGAAUUUGAUCUUCUAUGAAAAUUUCACCUCCACCACGACCUUAUUCCCACUUAAUACAACAGACGGCGAGAUCGGCAUGGACACUGGCUAUCAGAUGGUGCGCAGAGUCCACGAAACUUCAGUUGGCGGUCUGCGUGAGUUUCUACAGCUCUUCCCCGACUUAGUCUCUUGCGACGACACUGCUGCCCGUUUGCUUGUGCCCAAUAUCGUUCCGAAGGAUUUGGCCUUUCUGGAGAUUCAUUUCAGCAAGAUCAAGAACAAGCCAGCUGAAAAGGAGCAGUCUGGUUCAUCUGUUGUUAAUGCAGCGCCCACUCAGAAGACUGGCAUUACAGGAGCUGAGGGAAGAAAAAAUACUACUGAAGACCAAAACAAGGAAGCUAAUGCUGCUAAGCCUAGUUUCGUCGCUAAAUGGCCUGGGAAUUUGACUGCAGUUCCUGGGGAAUCCGAAACCCGGCUCUUGCGCACUGUUGACGAGCACCUCGAGCACGCUAUGAACGAGACAUCCUCUAUCGAACACGCUAUGAACGCAAACGAGCUUGCUGAGAAUUUGAAGAAUGCUGAUGUCGUGGGACGAGAUGAUGGAGGUGUUGGCGCAGCAGGUGGCGGACCACUUGCCGGCGACGGUGAUGAUGGUCGUGACAAUGAUGAUGGUAUCGAGGACAGUGCUGGAGCAGAGGAGGCUAUUGUCAUCGAUGAAAACACAGCUUCCAAAGAAGGAGCUACUAUUUCAUCCAGAAAUGCUUCUAAGAACUCAGCAGCUCCUGAUGCUUCUAAGAACUCAGCAUUUCCUGGAGGUCCAGCAAGCAAGAAGCGUCCUCGCAAUACUUUUUGCUGGAACGCUACGGAUCCUAGUGUCGCGGUGUUCAUCGAAAAACGAGACAGUGCACGUCUAGACCAAGCUCUACAGCCGCCAACGAAGAAACAACGCAAGCUUCUGGAGAGGCAAGAACAGCAACAGCUGCAGCAACGUGCUGCAGGAGGAGGUGGUAUCAUAAUUACUGCUGGAGGAGGUGGCGCACCGCAGUUGCAUGGCAGUGGGAGUAGAAUGGGAGGAAAGGACGCUGCUAAAGGUGGUGUGCUACUCCUCUCAGGAGGACCAGGAGGUAGUAACAUGAAAGGAGGAAAGAUGGAUCAGCCUUUGAUGGUCGGCGGCCCUAAGCAGGGUGGUAAGAUGAGUCAGUGGACUCCAAAAGGAGGAGCACAGCACAAAGGAGGUCCACUUAUCGUUCCACCGCCAGGUGGGAAAAUGCCUCCAGGUGCACAGAUUGGUAAAGGAGGAAUGCCAGUGAUGAUGAAAGGCGGACCGCCACCACAACCUCCGGGAGGUGGACUUGUUUUUAAAGGCGGAGCACCUCCGUCAGGAAGAGGACCUUUGCCACCACCACAUCAACAGAAGGGCGGACCAGCGCUAUGGGCGGAUAAGAACGGCAAGAGAGGUCAACCGCCACCUCCUGGAACAUCGCUAUGGACGGAUAAGAACGGCAAGCCAGGACAGAAAAUUGGCGCACCACCAUUGCAAAUGAUGCAGAAGGGCGCUCCUCAAGGCGCUAAAGGAGCAGCUCCACCCGGUACUCCUAUCAUGCCGCCUAAGGGUCGUGCUACACCGCUGGAGGGCGGCAAGGGACUGAAGAUGGCUCCACCACAAGACGGCGGGAAAGGAAAGCGCGGAGGUGGCGCGCCUCCGCUAAGCGCUAAUGCACCUCCAGGCGCACAUCUUCCUCCAGGUGCUGGCAAGAAGGAGGGCAAGGGCUUGAUCAUUCAACCUCCGAAAGGGCUUGAUCAUCCAUCUUCCACGUCUUCACUACAAACUGGUAAAAGUGCAUAUGGUGCAGCCGCCGCUGCUGGAGGAAAGCAAGGAGCUCAAGCAGGAGGUAAAAAGCCAUCGAUGAUGUCUCCGCGUGGGGGAGCGCUAUCUUCAGGACCGUAUGGAAAAGCAUCCGCGGGCGGGAAAGGCGCGGCUGUAGAACUCCUACAGCUCAACAGCAAAGGAGGAGGUGUCAAAAUAAAAGGAGGUGGAGAGAAAGCUGGUCCUCUUGUGCUUUCUGUAGGUCCCGGCGGAGCGUCCUUCGGAGCCAAGGGAGGACCAGCAAGCAAAGGUAGUAAGCAAGCUGAAAGCGGUAGUAAGCAAGCUGGUGGUGGAAAAGGCGUAGUUGUACCCUCUUCUGCAUCAACUGGCCCAGCGAUCAGAGCACCUUCAUCUGUCCAAUCGCAACCUCAACGACCUGAUGGAAAAGGUGCUCAACAGACAGGGACAGUAAGAAUCAACAUAUCGCCGACCAUGAGAGCUGCUAGGGAUCCGUUAACUGGACAGGUUAAAGGUCAGACUCCGUUGCAAUCAGCUCAACAGCAGCCACCAGGUAAGCACCGUACUCCUGAAAUACUAGUGGCAUCGACCACGUCGAAGGAUGGUCGGACUAUAGCCGGAAAAGAUGGUGCUGGUAAAAAAGGCAGCUCUUCCAAGGGAACUCCGCACACAUCAUCAAAGGGACAAAAUCCUGGGAAACAGCAGCCAGGCGGAACGAACUAUUCGCCUGGGCCAGAGCAGUCGCCGAAUAUGAUGGCUCGGACGAUGUCUUACAACUACUCUAUCUCGGGAGCACGCACUCACAAUCAGCAACAGGAAACUGGUGCUACGGGAGGAACUCCCGGAUCAUCAUCUCAUGACCUGCGCAUGGCGACUGCAUCCUCUCAUGAGCUCCAUAUUUCCAAUCCGAAUAACCAAGCACAUCAUCAGUCUCGCGGCACCGCUUCUUCCGCUGUUGAACAACAAGGCACUUCUAGUGGGCGAGUGCUGACUCAGCGGAGAACGCAACGCUGUGGACCGUACGACCGAAUUAUGAAUCCAUCUGCAGCAGAUGCUCGCGUUGUAGAAGGCAAUUCUACCUUUCCUGGUGCUCGAGGACAGCAGCCGGAUCGAGAGUAUCGAAGUGAUAGAAGACGAGGAGAUGGUGCAGCAGGUGGAAUAAAGGACCCUUGUUCAUCUUCGCAGCAGAACCAAGUUCGAGAGCGCCAGCAGCGUGUCGUGGAACAUAAUGAUCAAAUGCAGCAGGGACCAGGAGGCAGCAAUCUUCAACUUGUCUCUACUUCACAUCAACAGGCAGCACCACAAACUACAUCAUCAGCUGCGCCACAAACUACAACGACAUACGUCUACCUUGAUCAACAUGGUAAUCAAGUCACGUAUGUUGUGGAGCAGCCUCAGCAACAAGUCCAGCAGCAGCAAGUUGUUGUUCAGCAGGAGCCUCAGCGGAGUCAAACUAGGAAUCAACAGCAACAGCAUCAGCAGUCAUCACAAAGACAGGUAGUACAGACGACGCAGCAAGUACAAGAACAGCAGAGGCAGCAGACACAACAACAGACACCGCGACAUCAACUGUACACACCUAGAGGGGGUCAAAGUCAGCAGCAACAGCAGCAUCAGUUGUAUUCGACAUCAGUCGAUGGAUCAUCUCAACAGCAUCAACAAUAUCAGUCCACUACGUCUGUAGCUUCUUCUAGUGCGUACAACUACAACAACGUUGUUGCUGGACAUCAACAAGUAGAACAUCAGAUGAGCAGUCAGAGGAGUACAAGUACUUCAGCGGGAGCAAGAGAACAGAGUCAGGGACAGAAAUAUGUGGAGUAUGUCACGCACAAUCCAGAUGGCAGCAUUUCUACUACCUAUGUCCCAAUUCAGGAAGAGCAGCCGCAGCAGGCGGUUUCUCAACGAAAUCAACAACGGCCUGUACCUCCUACAACUACGCAGAACAGCUAUCAGCAACAACAACCCUCGUCCACGCAGCAGAAUUAUCAGCAGCAGCGGCGGCAGUCACACCAGCAGACCGUGGUCUACCAACACCAACAGCAGGGAACAACUACGCAGUAUCAGCAUCAAUCAUCUCAUCAACUACAGCCACAGGAGAGUACUACUGUUGUCCAUCAGAACCAGCAACCGCAACAACAUUACCAAGUUGUACAACAACAAGAGCAAGAACAGCAGCCGGCGCAAGAGCAAGUUCGGCAGUACAUUUUGGGGAGUGAUGGGCAAUAUUACGAGAUCGCUACCAGCAGUGCUCCUCAGGUCACUCUCAUUCGUUCAACCUCGAACGAGGACGCCUGGGGUCGUGGGUGGGGCGGUUAA